UCCACACACUCUUUCUCUCUCUCGUCUUCUGUGCAGCAGAUUCUCUCUCUCUCUCUCCCUCGCGCAUCCAACAACAAGAAGAGUAAAGCAAAAUAAAGCAAAAAGAAGAAUCAACAAUCAAUGAAAUGGAAGACUCAAGACUAGACCAAGAAAAUUCUUACUAACCCUAACACUCACAUCUCCUUUUAUUCAUUCCCAAGCAAACUCAUUCCUCCUACUCAUUAUUGUUAUUAUCACUGAGUUUCAUUCAAAUCUCAGCAGAAAUCAUCAAGAAGUCAAGAAAUGGCAACAUUGCAGAAAUUCAAGUUCUUAGCUACACAGUGUGCUGUGUCUAGAGGUAGUCCCAGUCCAUCUAGAAGCCCUGCAGCUAGUCCUGUCUUUCAACUCCGUCGCCGCAGAACUCUUCGGAUGCUUUUCAGUAAGAAAUUCAGUACUACUACUUACUCAUCGAAUGCAUCAAGAACAGAUCUCCAGCGGUUAAUAAACAAUCGUGAUUCACCACCACAAAAGAGUGAUAAUAAAUCGUCAAUUAGUAGUGGCAGCAAUAAAUUGAAAGAUUUGUUCAUUUCUUCUCCUUCUCCACCUCCACCUACUCAUGAGGGGAAAUCUUUGAGGGAAACCGUCGCCAGAGAUGGUAGAGAUGAUUUGAUGGUGGUGCGACGUAAUGGAGUUGGAUUAUCUUCUUCGAGAUCGAUUUUAUCGACGUUCCGGUAUCGGUUGAUUAAGAGAAGUUGGAGACCUGUACUAAUCACAAUUGCUGAAUAAAUUUAUGUGGAUUGAAGUUCUCUCUAUUUCUUUCUGAGUCUCUUCAAGUUGAGCUCCUUAAUAAGAUUACUGAUUUUUACA